GGCCAUUGAGCUUCACAGUAAACCCAAAUAGAAGUUUGCCGGCCUCCGCCUCGUGUUGUGAUGGCGGCGAAUGCUGCGCUGCCCAGGGCGCCUCCCGGACUGAGUGAGGUGCCAACCCAUGAGGUGGUCCGAGAUGCCGUGCUGAGAGAUAUUGAAGCCAAGGUGGCUGAGAAGAUGGAGGAGCUUUGGCAAAAGGGCCGACAGAUGCUGUCACAGGUUCAUCAGAAACAGCAGGAAAGGACGGAAAAGCUUAUGGCACAGAUUCAACAGUGUAAAGAGCAGCAAGACGCCUUGGAACGUGAGAAUCAAGCUUUGAAGCAGGUGCUCACCAAGAUGGCCUCCCAUUUGUCCCAGUUGGGGCUCGAAAAGCCCGCUGGAGGCUAUGUGUCGCCGCCCACGACCAUGGCCACCAGCCUCACAACGACACCACAGAGGACUCAGACGUCGGAUGGCCAUACCCCACAGCCCGACGUCGAGGCGACGAACGAUGCGCUGCAGGUGUCGGCAUCAACACCUCCAGAGGUGCCUCCUUUCCACUUUGCUCAGCCCCCAGCGCCCUUGUCAUUGGCGGAGGCUUUGAGCUCGUCCGCACCCAGAAAUACUGCGUUGACGCCCCUGUCACUGGCGUCGACCCUUGCGGCAGAGGCGCAGCUGGCUCAAAGUUGGCCACCACAGGUCUUCAGCAUGACGCUGCGUAAGGCGGACGGCGCCCAGCUGGGCCUCGACGUGAAGCCACUGGACGGGCCCAAGGUCUUGCUGGUGGAAGGGAUCCGCCCGGAUGGUGCCGUCGAAGCGUGGAACAGGCAGUGCGUGGGUACCAACCCGGAGCGCGCCAUCAUCGCGGGGGAUCAGAUCGUUAGUGUCAACAGUGUGUCCUACGAGCCCGACAAGAUGUUGGAAGAAUGUCGCGACAAGCAGCUGUUGAAGCUCACACUUGUGAGAGGGGAAAUCUCCGAGCAUGCCUCGCUGUCCAUGCGCGCCGACGCCUCAGAGUUCGUGCCCAAGGUUGGCGAGUGAGACGAGGCUUGGCACCUUCAGGGAGAGCAGGUCUGCAAGCUGCACGCUCGGUGCGAUCACCGAGCGCAACUCAUGGACGACUAGGACCGUUAGGACCGUUAGGACAGGUUCUUCCAACCUGAGAGGGCCUCC